AUGUUCCCACGGUUCAAAAUCGCCGGCUUCGCCAUCACGUUGACGGUGGUGUUCCUGAUCGGGGCGCGAUUCAAGCCGUCGUUCCCGGACUUCGACUCGUCAGUGACGGUUCUCGGAUUCGGCAGCGACGUCGACGAUGGCCGGGGCCGGACAGCCGCAGCACUCGCCCUGGGAAGGUUUCGCGGCCGUGGCGGUGCGAGCAGCAGCAGCAGCAGCCAGUUUGACGACGACGACGACGUGCAGGACCCCAACCCUUUCGAGAACGUGCGAGUCGGAGACGUAUUCUUCGACGACGACGGGCUGCCCGAGGGGGGAGGCCUGCCCGGCUUCAAUAUCAACGACGCCAGGAACUCGACGCUGGGCUUCGCCAAGGUCUUUGUCAUCUCCAUGCCCGAGAGGAGUGACAAGCGCGACGCCUUCAGUCUGCAGGCCCGGCUGUCCAACAUCACGUUUGAAGUCCGGGACGGGGUCGCGGGGGCGGACGUGUCGGCGAAGGCUCUUCCUCAUAGCUUUGCCCAGGACGCCGGUGCCACGGGGUGUUGGCGGGCGCAUUUGAACGUCAUGCAAGAGAUGGUCCGGGACAACAUCCAAUCGGCCAUGGUGUUCGAGGACGACGCCGACUGGGACCUGGCCAUCAAGUACCAGAUGAUGCAGGCCGCCAAGGCGACGCGGUUCCUGACCGCACAGCCCGACGACGAGAAGCCCCUGUCGCCGUACGGCAACUACUGGGACAUCAUCUGGUUCGGGCACUGCGCGGCGCAGACCGACCCGGCCAACGACAGGAGGUUUGUAGUAACAGACGACCCGACGGUCCUGCCGCCGUGGUCGCGUUCGGAGUUCGUGCAUCCCGACAUGUCCAUCUGGGAAGAGGACUCGGACGACUACCUGAACUUCCAGACCCGCAUCUACUUCCGGUCGAGCUGGAACUCGUGCACGGCCGCGUACGCCAUCUCGCUCCGGGGCGCCGAGAAGGUGGUCUUCACGGAGAGCAUGGUGCCCUUCAACGACCCCGUGGACAACGGCAUGGGGGCCAUGUGCAACCAACACGCCCUCGACUUCACCUGCAUCGCCCCGUUCCCCACGGUGGUGGGCGUGUCGAAACCGGCGGGCGCGUCCAACCGCGGCAGCGACAUUCGCGGGCUGGACAACGAGGACGUCGUCGAGGAGGGCCGGAGUGAGAAGAUCAUGUACUCGACACGGCAGAACAUCCCUCGCAUCCUGACCGGGGAGGACGAGUUUCUCAGCGUCUUCCCCAGCGACCAAGUGCCGCCGUUGCCGAUCAAGGAAAUCGGGCGCGGCCUGGGUCACCCUGAAUGGGUGUGGAAAGGCACCCGAUUUUUCGACGAGGAUGAAUACAUGCAAGCGCGCACCAACGAGCCACAAGAGCCUGAGGGCGGUAACGGGGAAGACGACCACGAGUCGCAGGGCGAGGAGUGGACGAGUCCGAUGGAGGAGGAGCCCGAGCACGAUUCCGAGCAAGAGGAGGAGGAGGAGAGACAGAAGAAAGAACAAGAAGAACAAGAAGAGAAGGAAAGGGAAAGGGAAAAGGAAAAGGAAAAAGAGGCUGCAGUAUCCAGAGACAAGCAGCACAAGGAGAAGGAGUCACAACAACAUCGAGGAGAGUCACAUCGAUACCGGAAAGGAGGCAAAAAGAAGGACCAGGACCAGGACCAGGACAAGGACGAGGAGAGAGACCAUGAUCAUGCCAGCGAAGAAAAGGAGGAGGACAAAUCCGAUACAAAUGAAGCACCGCUCGAGCCGCCAGCACCACGGCCACACCGGUACAGAGGGUCGAAGCAUUCAUGA